UCAAGUGUUGGCAUAUUUGCGAAGCCACACAAACCCGCAAAGCUCCAGAUGAUAGCAUUAGCUAUACACCCAACAAUGACACUCUCUGCUCUCACUAUUGCUCCAAAGCUUCACCCCCACAUUCCCAAAACCUCAUUCCCUCCUUCUUCUUCUUAUUCUUCUUCCUGUUCAUGCUCUUGUUCCUCAUCAACUGAAAACAAUGCUAGAGUGAGUUUGGAACCAAAUGCUGUGAGUAAAAGGAAUGUGCUCAAUGUGGGUAUUGGGUUGUUAGCAGCUUCAGUUAUGGCAUUGUCACCUUUGGAAGCUAAUGCCACGAGAAUUGAGUACUACGCCACCGUGGGCGAGCCUCUGUGUGAGAUGAACUUUGCUCGUUCUGGCCUUGGUUUCUGUGAUUUGUCUGUCGGGUCGGGUGUGCAACCUCCACGUGGCGAGCUCAUCAAUAUCCACUACACUGCAAGAUUCAGUGAUGGGACAGUCUUUGACAGCACCUACAAACGUGGAAGACCUCUCACUAUGCGUAUUGGUGUUGGCAAGGUCAUUAAAGGCUUGGAUCAAGGAAUUUUUGGUGGUGAAGGUGUGCCUCCGAUGCAAGUAGGUGGGAAACGGAAACUUCACAUUCCUUCAAAUUUAGCAUAUGGGCCAGAACCUGCCGGAUGCUUUGCAGGUGACUGCAAUAUACCUGGAAAUGCUAUUCUUGACUACGAUAUUAAUGUUGUUGGCAUCUACUCGGGAAAUAGACCAUUACCUACAAGCCUACUUGGGAAGUAAAGCAUUGCCUAUUGAGUGCAUGUCCUGAUUUUCCAUGAGGUAAAGCACAAUUUGAGACAGGAAUGGAAUAAGAUCACCUUUUUUCACGCUGGGCUUGCAGAUCAAAGAUCCACACUCCUUUGAUGAAAGAUAGCCUCAGCAUUCUAUGUUGCGAAACCGGUAGCACCCCGACUCUUAGCUAUAUCUUUUUAAAUUCUGGAUAGUGUAUAUAGCAUUCAUUACCUUUGUGGUCUAUAUAAUAACACACUGAAAC